AUGACAGAAUUCGAAAAGGCGUACGAUAAAGCUAUCGAAGACAAGAUCCUUCCCGGAUAUGCUUUACUCGCGGGUGACAAAGAUGGCAAGAUCCUCUACUCGGGUGCAAAAGGUGUUCAGUCGCUCGUAGAGGGUUCGACACGCCCUUUCCAGCUUGAUACAAUAUGCGCUAUCGCGUCAAUGACAAAGCUCAUGACCGCCGUGGCAGCCUUGAAGUGCGUUGAAGAAGAACUUAUCACGCUUGAUGAAGAUGUAGCCAAGCAUCUGCCUAGUAUUGGAAAGUACGGCAUCAUGACUGGUUUCGACGACCAGAAAAAUGAGGCGGUCACUGUGCCUCAUACGACGCCGAUCACCCUGAGGAUGCUACUGAGUCACACAAAUGGCCAUGAGUAUGACUGGUUCAAUCCUGAUCUGAUGAAGUGGCGUGCAAGUCGUGGAGAGACCCCUUGGUCUGGACCGACUGUAGAGGAAAAGUCCACUCUGCCGCUUCUAUACGAGCCAGGCACUAGCUUCAGAUAUGGCGCAGGGGCAGAUUGGGCGGGUAAACUCGUCGAAAAAGUGUCCGGGAAGACACUUGACGCCUUCAUGAAAGAGAAGAUAUGGACGCCACUGGGCAUACACGACACUACCUUCUACCCAAAAGCAAGACCCGACAUGGAGGAUCGGAUGGCGACUAUCAGCACACUAAACGAGCAGGGUGAGGGCCCGGUGGCAGAUACUAAUGGCUUUGACGUCCUGUUCGGUGCCACCGACUGCUUGGGGGGCGCUGGAUGCUUUUCGAGCGCUGAAGCCUACUUUGCUUUCCUCCAGUCCGUUCUAAGGCACGACCCCAAGCUAUUAGGUGAGGCUUCCUGGACGGAGCUCUUCAAGCCACAGCUCGAUAAGAAGUGCAAACAAGAGUUCAACAACUACCUCAAGUGUUCACCGCUGCAUACGCAGUAUCUCGGCAUGUGUCUGCCAACGGAUAUUGAGAAGCAAUGGUCGUUCGCUGGGAUGGUUGUUGAACAGGGCCAGCAAGGACGUAUGAGCCCUGGAACCGUCUUCUGGGGAGGUGUACCGAGCAUGACCUGGUAUCUCGAUUUCGAAGCUGGGGUCUGCGGCGUAGCAUUCUGCCAAGUCAUACCGCCGAUGAGCCCGAGCAUACUGAAGCUGCAUGAGCUGUUCCAGAGAGCAAUGUAUGAGAAGGCAGCAGCCUAA